CGCAAACGUGUGUCAAGUUGUCAAUACUGACGAUUUGGUGUGAAGUUUCUACUUUCUUAAACUGCAGCGAUUUCUGCUCUUUUUAAACCAUGCCUACCAUUGGUAUUAAGGAGGAGUUAUUGUUCAAUGCUCUUGGAAAAGUGUAUUCUGAAGAAGAAUUCAAUGAUCUGUGUUUUGAAUUUGGAUUAGAACUGGAUGAAGUAGUUGUUGAAAGGCCAGAUCCUUCGAAAAAUGCAGAAGUUAGUGUGUAUAAAAUAGAUAUCCCUGCCAAUCGGUACGAUUUGUUGUGUUUGGAAGGACUUUGUAGGUCUCUGAAAAUAUUCCAGAAACAGCUAGAUAUUCCGAGGUAUACUUUAUCUUGUCCGCAGGAAAAGCAAAGAAUGAUAAUUGAACCCGCUACUUCCCAAGUUAGACCAUUUGCUGUUGCUGCUAUACUAAGAGGUGUUACUUUUACUCCAAGUAAUUAUGACAGUUUUAUUGAUUUGCAAGACAAACUUCAUCACAAUAUAUGCAGAAGAAGAACGAUUGCAGCUAUAGGUACACAUGAUUUAGAUACCAUUUCUGGACCAUUUCGUUUUACUGCAGAACCACCCAAAGAUAUUAAAUUUUGUCCGCUUAACAAAGAUAAGGAAUAUACUGCUGAAGAAUUAAUGGAGCUUUAUGUGAAUGAACCACACUUGAAGCAAUAUCUUCACAUCAUAAAAGAUAAGCCAGUCUACCCGAUCAUUUAUGACAGGAAUAAUGUAGUGUUAUCUAUGCCCCCUAUAAUUAACGGUGAUCAUACGAAAAUUUCACUUCAAACUAAAAACGUUUUCAUUGAAGUUACAUCUCUUGAUUUGCACAAAGCUACUGUUGUUCUUGACACGCUUGUCUGUAUGUUUAGUGAGUACUGCGAAGAACCUUUUGUCAUUGAACCUGUCGAAGUCGUCGAUCCAGACGGAAAUAUUGUUUUAUAUCCGGAGUUGAAAUAUCGUACGGAACUAAUAUCACCUGACUACAUCAAUAAAUAUGUUGGCAUACAAGAAACUCCAGAGAAGAUUGCUGAGUUACUGACAAAAAUGUGUUUGAAGUCUGAAGUUAUGUAUUAUAACGAGAAAGGUGAAUCAAAAAUCAAAGUUGAAAUUCCUCCCACCAGACAUGAUGUUAUACAUGCGUGUGAUAUUGUAGAAGAUGUGGCCAUCGCUUACGGGUAUAACAACAUCAAGAAAACAAUCCCACACACGGUCACUAUCGGAGCUCAGUUACCAGUUAAUAAAUUGUCUGAGCAGCUUUCUCUAGAACUUGCUCAGGCUGGGUUUACAGAAGGCUUAACAUUUUCUUUAUGCUCAAAGGAUGACAUUUCAACUAAGCUCAGAUCUGCUAAUGGAAUAUCUACAGCUGUUCAAGUAGCUAAUCCUAAGACACUCGAAUUCCAAGUUGUGAGAACAACUUUGUUGCCUGGACUGCUGAAAACAAUUCAUGCUAAUAAGAAAAUGCCCUUACCUUUAAAGUUGUUUGAAAUAUCUGACGUCGUCCUUAAAGAUGAUUCGUUGGAUGUUGGUUCCAAAAAUGAGCGAAGGUUAUGCGCUGUAUAUUAUAACAAAAAGCCUGGUUUUGAAAUAAUUCAUGGAAUAUUAGAUAGAGUGAUGCAGUUACUUGAUGUUCCUGUUUUAAGUAGUGAUUCUCCAAAUGGAUAUUGCAUCAAAGCAUGUGACAAUUCUAUGUUUUUCCCCGGUCGUUGUGCAGACAUUUUAGUUUCAAAUAAAAAGAUUGGCACGCUUGGUGUUUUACAUCCAGAAUCAAUCCUAAAUUUUGAUUUAAAUUUGCCUUGCUCUGUUGUUGAAAUUAGUAUUGAACCAUUUGUAUAAAAAUAUAUUAUCAUGGACUAGCAUAGUGAUUAGAAUUUCAAACACAUGAAUAAAUAUGCUUGGAACGGCUUCAAAAUGUACGAAUUUAUUCAAUAUGAGCGAUGUGCUUUAUGUUAUAAAUUAAUAUUACAUGCAGUAAUUUUUACGACUCUCAAUUUUAUUUCAUUUAUUGAAAUAGUCAAAUUUUAAAGACAUAUUUCUUUUAAAAACUUAGCUUAUAAAUUCUACAUCUUAUAAUGUUUGCAUAAAAAUCAUUGUAAGUUAUGUAACAUUGAACUUCAUUUUUUGUUAUGAGUAUUUAUUAAUUUAUAUAGCUUCAUA